CACGGUCUCGCUCAGUCUCCGCAUCGCGUGCCUCCUAGAAGCCACCUCCCGGCCGCGCCGACCCGGGCGCCUCGGGCCUGCAGCCACCACCGGGGAGCGAGGGGACGUCGCCCCGCGCAGCGCCGCCCGCCGCCCGCCGCCCGCCACCAUGGGGCUCCUGCCCAAGCUCAGCGCGCGCCAGAGCAGCAGCGCCUCUGCGGGCCGAGCCGGCCGCUGUUCCCGCGCGGUCUUCGGCAACAUUAAGGUAUUUGUGCUCUGCCAUGGCCUCCUGCAACUCUCCCAGCUCCUGUACAGCGCCUACUUCAAGAGCAGCCUCACCACCAUUGAGAAGCGCUUUGGGCUCUCCAGUUCUUCCUCAGGCCUCAUUUCCAGCUUGAACGAGAUCAGCAAUGCCAUCCUCAUCAUCUUUGUUAGCUACUUUGGCAGCCGGGUGCACCGACCAAGGCUCAUCGGCAUCGGGGGGCUCCUACUGGCUGCAGGCGCCUUCGUCCUCACCCUGCCGCACUUCCUCUCAGAGCCCUACCAGUACACCUCUGCCAGCAAUGGGAACCUCAGCCGCGUCCAGGCAGAACUUUGCCAGAGGCGUGGGCAUAACCUAUCCCCUGGUAAGUGCCCAAACACUGUGCAAGACGUGCAGAAGGAGACCAGCAGCAUGUGGGGCCUGAUGGUGAUCGCCCAGCUUCUGGCUGGCAUCGGUACCGUGCCCAUUCAGCCAUUUGGGAUCUCCUACGUGGACGACUUUGCAGAGCCCAACAACUCGCCCCUGUACAUCUCCAUCCUAUUUGCGAUUGCUGUGUUUGGACCAGCUUUUGGGUACCUGCUGGGCUCUGUCAUGCUGCAGAUCUUUGUGGACUAUGGCAGGAUUGACACAGCUAAAGUUAACUUGAGUCCAAGUGACCCUCGGUGGAUUGGAGCCUGGUGGCUGGGCCUGCUCAUUUCUUCAGCCUGUUUGGUUCUCACCUCUUUCCCCUUUUUCUUCUUUCCUCAAACGAUGCCCAGAGGAACAGAUGGUUCUCCUGCCACAGAGGACGGAGCAAGAAAGAUGGAGGAGCUCAGGUCAAGAGGUUCCCUGUUGGAUUUCAUUAAAAGGUUCCCCCGCAUCUUCCUGAGGCUGCUUUUGAACCCGCUCUUCAUGCUGGUGGUCCUGGCCCAGUGCACCUUCUCCUCUGUCAUCGCCGGCCUCUCCACAUUCCUCAACAAGUUCCUAGAGAAGCAGUAUGGCACCUCUGCAGCCUAUGCCAACUUUCUCAUUGGUGCUGUAAACCUCCCAGCUGCAGCCCUAGGGAUGCUGUUUGGAGGAAUCCUUAUGAAGCGUUUUGUUUUCCCUCUGCAAACCAUGCCCCGAGUGGCUGCCACCAUCAUCACCAUCUCUAUGAUCCUCUGUGUUCCUCUGUUCUUCAUGGGCUGCUCCACUCCUGUUGUGGCUGAGGUCUACCCUCGCAGCACAUCAAGUUCUAUACGUCCACAGCCUCCUGCCUGCCGCAGGGACUGCUCCUGCCCGGAUUCCAUCUUCCACCCUGUCUGCGGAGACAAUGGAGUCGAGUACCUUUCUCCUUGUCACGCUGGCUGCAGUGGCAUCAACAUGAGCUCUACUGGCUCCAAGCAACUGAUAUAUUUGAACUGCAGCUGUGUGCCCGGCAGAUCUGCUUCAGCGAAGACAGGAUCGUGCCCCAUCCCCUGUGCCCACUUCCUGCUCCCGACCAUCUUCCUCAUCUCCUUCGCAGCCCUGAUAGCCUGCAUCUCCCACAACCCCCUCUACAUGAUGGUUCUGCGUGUUGUCAACCAGGAGGAAAAGUCAUUUGCCAUUGGGGUCCAGUUCUUGAUCAUGCGCUUGCUGGCCUGGCUGCCAUCUCCAGCCCUCUAUGGCCUCGCUAUCGACUACUCCUGCAUCUGGUGGAGCUCGAAGUGCUCAGGGAGGCGAGGAGCUUGUCUCUAUUAUGACAAUGAUGCUCUCCGGGACAGGUACCUGGGCCUGCAGAUGGCCUACAAGGCACUGGGCAUACUGCUGCUUUUCUUCAUCAGCUGGAAAGUGAAGAAGAACAGAGAGUACAAUGUGCAGGAGAAGGCAAUAGACCUCAUCUGACCCUCUCCUUACUCCUCCUCCACACCUGCCCGUAUCCACUCAUGUUAACACGUUGCUUCCUUUUAUUUUUAAAAUAAGAAAGAAAAAUGGAUGUGCAUUCCUUGCCAGGCAGCCAGGCUUUCCUAUCUGCCCAUACCCUGCAGAGAACAGAGUAAGAGGAGGAAGACAGUGGCUGAGCCACUAAUACCUAGAGCUGGGCUCCGGGAGGAAGAAGCCAGUCAUAGCUCUUGUUGCGUCUCAGCUCACACAGCGUGGAAUCCAGGUGGGGCAGGCUCCGCUUGGUCCUGAGAUGCUCCUUUCCUGCCCCCUAGAACCCACUUGGAAGCUUCAGAGUCAGAAGUACAGCUCCUUUUCUGUUACCCAGACUCUGGCACCACAGCAACAACUGAAAAACCCUGCUAACCCUGUGAACCCAAAACCUUUCUGUCCUUAGACCUGCAUGUAUUUAUCUUCCUUUUCCUGGGGCUACACGUCACGUUGAGAAAGCCACAUAUAGUGAAGACCCAGGAGGAGCUGUGAAAUGUCCCAGAGCCCUGUGACUCACCUUGAUGGUGGGAAUGAGACCCCCCUUCAUCUCAGAGCCACGGGAAAACCCUCUCUACAUUUCCCUGUGACCAGAGAAGGUGGCUUCACAUGGACUUCAGCCUGCAUGCAGAGGACUGAAGAGAGGCGGUCUGAGAUGCCAGCAGAACGCACAAUGAAGCAGACAGAUGUCAGCUGUGACCACCUGGAUGCAAGCUGCAGCACACUGCACAGAGGCCAACAAGGCUGACUUUCCUAGGUUCAGGCAGACUAUGGUAAUCAACAAUUUCUUGGCGUCUUUUCAUUGCCUCCAAAGAGGUGGAUGCUCUUGGUGAGCCAGUGCUAGGAGACACUGCUGCUAUGGGAUAAAGAUUCAGAGAUAGAUCCCAACAAAGGACACUAUUCACCAGCAAUUAUUCUGCUUAUUGGAGACCCCCUUUGAGCUCAGCCAUGCCAGUAUGUGGUUCUCCAGAGAGCUACCCUCAUAUCUUAUCUCACCUCUCCACUGACAUGAGGGCCUCCCAGACUGUGUGUGAUGGCCAGUAUGGACAGUGAGGGGUGGUGACAAUACAUACUUGUCAAGCACAAGCAUCCAAAGCCUGGCAAAAAGGACCCUGACCUGAGCAUGUAUGGCCCCAUGUAUGGACUCCUCUGUGAAGCAGACACCUGGCUCACUGUGUCCACUGGGGCAUCUGGACUUGGUCACUGAAGUGCGUGCUCUUUGAGUGCCACCCUUCUUGAAAGCCCUCCUCCCCAAGCACAAUGGAAACCACCUCAUGAGGGAACAAGCCCAAAAGUUAUGUCUGUGGCCAAACUGCUGUGCGACUCUACAUCUGUGGAAGCCCCUCUCCAGUCUUCCUCUCGAAGCCACCAGCCGGUUUCCUCACAGUUCAGCUGGGAAGGUGCUCCGUGCAACCUCAGGGGCCAUUCUCAGCAUUUGCAAUGGACCUGUAUGGAAAACAAUUCCCUGUAACUAACCCUGGUCUUUCUUACUUCAAUUUAACAAAUCCUGAAGACACUGAAUUCCACUGAGCUCAUGAACACUGAAUGCCAACCUUCAGGUUCUGGAAGCUUGGUUUCCCUCUCAAAAUUUUAUUCUAUUAUAUUGCUACUAAUAUAUUAUAAUUUUGCUACUGA